AUGGGUGAGUUCACUUAUUGUGGUAUUCAACAAGGCUUAGAGCGGUGCAUCAAUCCAGAAGCACAUCAAACAAAUGGCAUCGAUUUACAGUUUCACUGUGAUGGGUUGAACAAUUCGAAAUCAAGCAAAUCAGAUAUAUGGCCAAUUUUGUGCAAAGUAUAUUCUAGAUCUGCAAAGUACAAGCCAUUUGUCGUUGCCAUGUAUCAUGGACAAUCCAAACCAAAUGAUGUUAAUAAUUAUUUGGCAGAAUUUGUUUUGGAAAUUAAUGAGUUACUUGAAAAUGGGGUCAAUAUUGCUGGCCGUUAUUAUUCUAUUCACAUACAAUGUCUUAUUGCUGAUACUCCAGCUCGUGUUUUUUUGAAAAAUAUACAAGGACAUACAGGAAAACAUGGAUGUGAACGAUGCACAGCUAUUGGUGAACCAUCACAAAAUCAAAAUGAUGUUGAUGAGUUGAGUCAGAGCCAAAGAAGACGAACGAAAAAAAGCAUAAUUGUAUUUCCUCGUAUUGGUGAUAAUGAUAGAACAGAUGCAUCAUUUAGAGAAUUUAGAGACUAUCACUUGAGAAUUUAG